AUGAGUUAUCAGAGCGUAAACCAGAACCAGGGCGGCUAUGGCCAGUACAACCCCUACGGCAGUCAGCAGCCGCAGAAUCCUUAUGCCGAGCAGCAGAGCUAUGGUUAUGGCGGCGGCUACGGACAGGGUGGAGAUGUUGAGCAGGGCAACGGUGGUGGUUUUGAGAUGUCCAGCCUGCAGCAGGGCGGUCCUACCGCGAUCCUCAACAAGUGCAAGGAGAUGAACGAUGCGAUCAAUGAGCUGCGCAACAAGCGAGAGGGUCAACUCGCCAGUGCCCAGAAUGCCCUGCUUGACUCCAGCACCGGAAAGGAGGAUCAAUCCGCGCGCCAGAACGUCGACUACAUUGAGGAUGAGAUCAAUACUGCCCUCCGCUAUCUGCGCGACCAGUUCAAGCGCAUCAAGGAGACCCCCGGCUCCGGCGAUGCGCGUGUCUCCGGCCAGGUCGAGAACGUCAACCGCAACCUCCGCCGUGAGAUCGAGCAGUACCAGCGCACACAGUCCGACUUCCAGAAGCGCCUUGAGGAGCAAGUGCGCCGUCGUUAUGAGAUUGCCAACCCCGAGGCUACCCCAGAGGAGCUGGAACAAGGUGUCCAGCUUGUGCUUGCUGGUCAGGAGCAGAGCUUCGCUGUCCCUGGUACCCGUUCGCGCCAGGCCAACGAUGCCCGCCAGGCUACUCUCCAGCGUUCCGCCGCCAUCCGCAAGAUCGAGCAGGACAUGAUCCAGCUUGGUCAGCUCUACCAAGAAGUCGCAGAACUGGUUCACCAGCAAGAACCUGCCGUUCAACAGAUUCAGCAGAGUGCCGAAGACACCCACCACAACGUGGAGCAGGCCAAUACCAAGCUGGACAGCGCUAUCACCAGUGCUCGCAACGCUCGGAAAUGGAAGUGGUACGCGUUGGGCAUUGUUCUUCUCAUCAUCAUUAUCAUCGUCGUUGUUGUGGUCGUCGUCAAGGAGACGUAA